GGAUCGCAUACAAGGCUAGAAUUUGCCUCUCCACUCACUUCCUGACACUUAAGGCGAACUAACACCCACACCUUUUCCCUUCUCUCUUCGCAAUUCAACUCCCUUUUCCACAUCACCCUUGAAUCCUUUGUUAUUGUGUCAACAGUUGACCCUUUUGUCCAGGUGACGCACCAUAAUGGACCACACACACAAAAGGUAAUCCGAGAGAAUCGUCCUCCAUUGUUGGACCAGGCUAUAAAAGCGUUCCACAAACGUGGUCAAAGUCGCAAAUCUCGCCCAACUCUAGACAGACACGGAACCCAGCAAUGCCAUGGUUGACCACUUUGCUAGCAGCUCUAAUGCUGCAUUGUGUUGUCGCUGGAAAUCGCUUUGCAGCCUACGACGAGCUGACGUCUCCGGUUUUAGCUGGAAAUCCGCCAAAGCGCUGCAGUCGUUUUCUAGGAGAUUGCCCAGAACAGUUGGAAACACUGCAAUCGGGGGCAAUUGAUUCGGAUGCGGGCACAUCCAAGAUGUUAAAUGCGCUCUUUGGACUGGUGCAGAGUACUCAGACCCCAACUCAUCCGACGGAGGCAGCUCUCACUCCUUACCAGCUGCCGCCAAUGUACUACAAUGAUUUCUACGAGGAUCUUUUGACCAAUAAACGCAACGAUGUCCAUUCCGCGGGCUGCGACUGCAAAGUCAAGAACGAUCUAAUGGACUUGGGCAGCGCCCAUUUUCCACGUUAUCUGAUGAGCGCCAUCUGUGAAUCUCGUCCAGCUUUGGAUGCCAAGUGCACACGAGGCUCCAACUGCAAACCACUCGAGUAUAAGAUAAAGGUGCUUACACUGGGCACGGAUCAGACGUCUCCAAAGGCGGCCACGUCAUCAGCUUCAUUGUCCCGACCCUGGUUGACCGAGGAGUUGACCCAACCCUGGCAGUGGCAGUUCAGGACUGUCACCGUCACCGCCGGCUGCUUCUGCACCAACUAAACGACUCCAACUGCAAAUUAUAAUCUGAACUCAAAAUUAUACCCAAUGAAAAAUAAAUUGCGCUGUUAAAAAA